AUAUAAAGCCAUUCCACUCGAGCGACAUGAGGCCGUGCCCUUUUUCUUUUGCCGGGGGCUUUCCAUACGAGAGUGAAGGUCUAGAUCGGUAAGAGAGAGAGAGAGAGAGAGAGAGAUCAUCGUCCCGAUGGCAAACAGCAACCUCCCUCGACGGAUCAUCAAGGAAACGCAGCGUCUUCUUAGCGAACCAGCUCCUGGCAUAAGUGCAUCUCCGUCCGAGGAUAACAUGCGCUACUUCAAUGUGAUGAUCCUUGGGCCAACUCAGUCUCCGUAUGAAGGAGGGGUUUUCAAGCUCGAGUUGUUUUUGCCUGAGGAAUAUCCAAUGGCUGCCCCAAAGGUCCGUUUUCUCACCAAAAUUUAUCAUCCCAACAUUGACAAGCUUGGAAGAAUAUGCCUUGACAUUUUAAAGGACAAAUGGAGUCCAGCCCUCCAAAUUCGAACAGUACUACUUAGCAUACAAGCACUUCUUAGUGCCCCAAACCCAGAUGACCCUCUUUCAGAAAACAUUGCAAAACAUUGGAAGACAAAUGAAGCAGAAGCUGUCGAAACUGCAAAAGAAUGGACACGUCUCUAUGCUAGUGGGGCAUAAAACUCUUCAGGCAGUUCUAAUAACAUGUCUAAGUUUAUUUGUCCAACGCCGGCUGCUGACAGUUAAAAAGGGUGGCCGUCACACUGUCAUAUCGCAGGGUGUAUAUCAUUUUCUUGAGUUGAAGGUACCUCUUCAUAUAUUUAUGUCAUGAAGUUAUAUUCCUACGUCUCUUUCUAGCUAGCAGGGUUUUUAUUAUGCCCAUACCCUUUAAUUUCUUGACUGUGUUCGUGUAACUUAUGUUGUCACAUUUUGCGCUCUCUUGCUGUUAUUAUAUAACAUGGAUCAUGAUGGCUGUUAUGUAGUUA